AGGAGCUUUCAAUGUUGUCAAUUGUGCAAUACAAAAACAAUGGUGCCGGAAAAGCAGAUUUUACUGUGAUUUUCCCAUUUCUGCUGAUCGCUUGUUGUUAAAUGAGAUAAACCGGUGUCCGAGAUGUAUUAUUAACAACCAAAAGCAGCUUAUAUAAGGUAUUUGUACCUGCGUUACAUAAAAUGUUCCCAUUGCUCAGCAAAACAGCGCGGGCUGGUUCCGUUGUGUUGCGGCAGCAGCAGCACCGGCAAUACUGCACACCGGUUGUAAAUAUAUUCGAUCGCAAUGUGAAACGAUUACAGCGAGAACGUGCUGCUAGAAGGGACGAUGUGGAGCUGUACGACUACAUCAAGGAAGAGGUGGGCUACCGGUUAGCGGACCGCAUAUUCGACAUCAAGCGCCAGUUUACGAACGCGGUCGAUCUCGGUGCCGGUCGGGGAUACGUCACGAACCACGUGCUGGGCGAAACGGUACAGAAACUAACCGCGGUCGAUCUCAGCCCCGCCAUGCUGUCGCAGAUCAAAGGCUCACCCGGGCUGGAUUUUAGCAUCCGCGAGAUGGACGAGGAACGGUUCCAGUUUGAGGACGACUCGCUGGAUCUGGUUGUAUCUAGCUUAAGCAUGCACUGGAUCAACGAUCUUCCAGCGUGCUUUCGGGCGGUAAAUCGAGCACUCAAACCGGACGGUGUGUUUAUCGGCGCAAUGUUCGGGGGUGAUACGCUGUACGAGCUACGAUCCGCACUGCAGUUGGCGGACCAGGAACGGAAAGGUGGACUAGCACCGCACGUAUCCCCCUUCACACAGAUCCGGGAUGUGGGAAUGUUGCUAAACCGGGGUGGUUUUACGAUGCUAACGAUCGAUACGGACGAGCUGGUGAUCGGCUAUCCGUCCAUGUACGAGCUGAUGUUCGAUCUGCAGGGUAUGGCGGAGAGCAAUGCGGCCUUUAACCGACCGGUGCACGUCGGACGCGACACACUGAUGGCGGCAGCAGCAAUCUACAAGGACAUGUACGCCCGCAAGGAGGAAGGCGUACAGGCCACGUUUCAGAUAAUAUUCUUUGUCGGAUGGAAACCGUGCGCUAGUCAACCGCAACCGGCCGAACGUGGGUCCGGGACGGUUUCGUUAAAGGAUCUCGGGAAGGUGAUGACACCGACGGGUUCGGGAUGUAAAAAGUAAAAGGCGACAGUGACGAUCCUUAAGUCAAGGUGUGACACCACGUCUAUAGUAAAGAGGUUAUAUUUUGAAAAAAAAAAUGCCCACUCCCGAGCGAGCUUUUACAACUACGACUACAAGCACUACUUCCCCCCUCUUCUACCAAACACUCAACAAAACGAUGUAAAGAUGUAACGAACUAAAACAAACAGAAAAGCGUGGGUUUAAUAAAAUAAACGCGAAAUAUAACGAAUUCUACCUUCCUUCUCGCAAGUACUUCGGCAGCAGUAUAUAUGUGUAAGCACAGUUUUAUAAACCGAUUUUUCACCAUCACCCUUUUUAGCUGUGUUGUCCUGUGGCAUAUUGUAUAGCUACACGUUUGCGGGGCGUUUCAGCCUAAUAAACAUAAAUCCUUAAGGUAUAUAUACUAGUAUAUGGGUGGGUAAAUAACAAAAUUUAAAGAAAAAAUAAAAA